AUGGCCAACACCCUAUCAUCAACAGCAGCUCCUUUCAAGCUCUCAUCAUGUAGAAGAAGUCUGCCCCUUUAUUCAACUUCAUUCCUCCCCCUCAAUCUCAAAACCCCACCUCCUCUUCUCUCUCUAACACCCCACCACCACCAGAUCCAAAUCAAAUCCAGUCACCGCCGUCUCAUCGUCGCCAAAUCCAACGACAGUGACUCUGUCGACAUACCAGACCGAUUAAUCUCAGCCGUAUGUUACUUCUACCCCUUCUUUGAUGGAAUCCAAUACGGCAAAUACGUAAUCACCCAAUUCUCAUUCAUGGAAACCUUAAUUCAACCUCUUGUGCCUGCAAUCAGGGUGUUCAAAAGCUUCCCAUUCAAUGGAUUCUUAGUGUUUUUGACACUUUACUUCGUUGUUGUCAGAAACCCUAACUUCAGUAGAGAGAACUUUUAA